UAUUCAAUUAUCUGCGGGAUGACAACAUGGUGGCCUUCGACGAGGAAAAAACGAAAUUGCUGAUACUUUUCGUAUUUUCUUACUUUUUGACAACAACAGCUGACCAAACAGAAUUAACAACAGAUUUUCCAGAUAGAGGAACACAUACUUUUCCAUCAGAUGAAAGCACUGUGAUAUGGCAAGGGCCUUCAGGUUCCAAUAGUACCGUCCUGGAUCCUAAUUUUUUUAAUAACACAUGCAGCAAACAGUACAUAACGUCAUGUCCAAGCAAGGCAAAAUGUAGUGAGCUAGGAGCCUGUUGCAUUGAAUGUGAAUUUGAUACUUCAUGUACCUAUGGGGAUGAUGUGACAGUGACUUGCAAAGCUCUGGCAGAUAUUGUAUGUGAUGGCGAAAGAAACUUCACAAGGGAAUUCAAUUGUCGUUAUUGCUACCAAACAGAAGAGUGGCAGCAUACUUGCACCACUCAAUCCAAUUGUCAGGCUGUGACCACACCGCGUCCUACCUAUAGGGCAAACUGCUCUGUCAAAGACCAUAUACUUUGUCUAGGACGAAGAAAGUUUUACAAGAACAGAUCAUGCAAUUGGACUAAGGGUUACAGAUGGUCCACUGCUCUCAUUUUAAGUGUAACAGUUGGUGGUUUUGGAGCAGACAGAUUUUAUUUAGGUCUCUGGAGAGAAGGGAUUGGCAAACUGUUCAGCUUUGGAGGUCUAGGAGUGUGGACUAUAGUGGAUGUCAUAUUGAUUGCAAUAGGUUAUGUUGGACCCUAUGAUGGCUCAUUAUACAUCUACUAAACAUUAUCAGGAGAACUUGAAUAAUACUGCUGAGAGUUUAAAAACAAACAUUUAAAAUCAUGGAAGUAAAAUUAAUGCUUCAAGCAAUA